UAUUGAUAAUUUUUAACUUUUUCUUCUUUGUCGCUCGUUCGCUCGCUCGAUCGUUCUCUCUAUCUAUCUAUCUAUUCCUUUCUCUCUUUCUACCUUUAUAUCGAUAUCUUAAUUUUGUUAUUUUUGGAAAUUAGAUAAUAAAUCUGUUGAUAUUCAACAAACAAACAUUGUUUCUUUUUUCAAAGAGGAUGGCAUCUUCUUCUAGUAACCUUGAUUUGAGCGAAAGGGAACAUGAAAUUCUAAUACAAUUUCGUCAAUCUUUAAACGAUGUUCUACAAUCUCAUCACGAUGAUUUUUAUCUGUUAAAAUGGCUGAAAGCAAGAAAUUUCAAUAUUUCAAAAGCACAAAUAAUGAUCAGAAAGAGUUUAUUAUGGAGAAAAGAAUUCGAAAUCGAUGACCUUGUCGAAAAGUUUAAACCUUCCGAAGUUCUUUUGAAUUAUAUACCUGGAGGUACUACUGGAUUUGACAGGAACAACAGACCUAUUUAUUUAUUGACAGCAAAGGAUUUAGAUUUGGAAGGAAUUUUUCAAUCCGUUACUAAGACGGAAUUGCAAAAGUUUUUCCUAUUAAAAAUGGAGCAAUUUCGUCAGAUUUGCGUUGAAGAAUCGGAAAGACUAAAUGUUAGAAUUGAUCAAGCCGUUGGAAUUGCCGAUUUAAACGGACUAACGCUUAAGCAGUUCUUCGUUCCAGGAAUUAAUCAAGUUUACGAUAUAUUGAAGUUGUACGAAGCUAAUUAUCCGGAAUUUUUAGGAGCAUUUUAUGUUGUAAACGCACCACGAAUAUUUCCGAUUAUCUUUAAUGUUGUCAAGCCUAUUAUGAGCGAAGAUACUAAACAAAAAAUUCAUAUUUAUGGCCGAGAUUGGAAGGAAAAGAUUAUAGGUGUUCAUAUUAACGAAGAUCAAUUACCUCUUGGCUGGGGAGGAACCCAAAUCGAUAGGGAUGGUGACGAAUGGUGCAGAUCUAAGGUGGUCUAUGGCUCUACAGUGCCGAGAUCUUUUUACUUAAAAGAUCAGGGACUGCUAAAUCAAGAUAAAGCUUUAAAGCUAAAGGUUAAACGCGGAUCUGUUAAAAAAGUAGGAUUUGAGGCACAGAAAGAUAAUUCGUGUCUCAGAUAUGUCUUUCAAACGGAUCAUUACGAUAUUGGAUAUGGGAUUUUCAAAGCGAAUUCUCCAGAUGAUUCCAUUAAAGAUAUGACGCCCUUAAUAAAAUCGAAGAGAGUCGAUUGUCAUUUAGUGCCGGAAUCAGGAUCUAUCAGUUUAAGGGACUCCGGACUAUAUUUCUUAGCUUUCGAUAAUAGUUUCAGUUGGACGAAAGGAAAGACAAUCUACUACGAAGCCGAAAUAAUUGAACCGGAUACGGAAAGAACCUAUGACGUUGAAAAUUUGGAAGAUGUCGAAGAAGCAUUAGGAGAAAAUGGAAAAAAUACUUUGGAAGCUGAUUGUUUCAAGGGUAAAGAGGACGACGGUUCUAGUGACGACGAAUUUGAAAAUAUUAUAUAAAAGUUUAUAUUGUAAAUAUAAUGAUAAAGAAAGGAGAAAAGAAAGAUAUAUAGAUUGAGGAUGAAGCUAAGAAUGAUAAUAACAAUAAGAAGAAGAAAAAGAAGAAAACUAAUCUCCAAUUUUAAUCAAGUAUCUUACUAUAAUACUAUGCUAUUGGAAAAUAUAAAUUAAUAGUCGUUUUAAAUAGUGUUAAUUAUUUAUAUACAGUAUAUAUAUAUAUAUAUAUAUUAUAUAGGCAGUAUGUAAUUCGCAAUAAAAAAGGGGAAGAAAAGUCCUAAGACUCUUACGGGUUGGAAGAAUUGAAAGAUAGAAAGAAAGUAAAAAAUAUGAGAGACAGAGAGAGAGAGAGACAAAGGUGCGUAAAAACAGAUAGAUAGAUAGAUAGAUAGAACUGUGAGCAAGCUGGCAAAUGCUUUUAUGAAGAGUUCAAUACAGAAAGAGAAAAAAAAAGAGAGAACGACGACAUCUAUAAGGAAUCUUCCAAAAACAAAUGUAUUGAUGGAGAAAAUAUAGACGUCUACGAACAA